GUCAGCUUCUGUUUACAUCCUAAAAUGAUGACUAAGACAAAUACAAAGACAAACCAAAACUUAAUGCAUCCUUAUUUUUGUUAAGCAUACAGUUAGGGAAUUUUCCAUUAGUCUUUAUUUUUGAUAAGAAAUGAAUUAAUUCAUCUUAAAGGCCCAGUUCAGCUCAAAAUUUUAAAGAAAAAUUUGGGGGAGUAGGCAUGAUUUCCAAUUGCCUCUUAAAAUCCAUGUUAGCUGUUCUUUUAUUUAUAGAUAAGGCAGUCUCCUGAGAGAGAUGCAUUUCCCAUGCAAGUCAUCCUGGUUCCCAUGCCAUGUCAAGGGGAGGCAUAAGUAAUACAUUAUAGUCCUCCUUUCCUCAGAGUUUGGAUGUGCUUCAGAAUCCUCCUCAACAUUUCACUCUAGGUGGCCACUCCUAACAAGUCAAAGCUGGCACCCACUUUAAAAACUAUUUGUCAUCCCUACCACAUGUGAAUGCUUCCCUUCCCCCUAUUGAAACUCUGACUGUUUUAAAGAGUUUAACUCUGUUCUGACUGAUGGCUUAAGAAAUUUCUAAUUUUGUGUUCUUAAGAACAACAUAAGGACUUAAAAUAAUUUUGCUUCUGGAUGCACCAAUAAUUUUGAUGACCACACUAAUAUAAUAAACUGGUUUAAGACAAAUAUAUUUCUCCUAAUUUCAGAUUCUACAUGGUCACUGUGGUAGCUUCCACCUUUUCCUCUGAAAUAUGCAAAACAAAAGCUUUGUAACUGAGUUCGUCCUCUUGGGUCUUCCAUGGAAUCCAAGUGUUCAAAAAAUAGAAUUUGUUGUAUUUUUGUUCUGCUACAUGGCCACUGUUGGGGGCAAUUUGCUAGUUGUGGUGACCAUUGUCAGCAGCCCGACGCUCCUGGGAUCCCCCAUGUACUUCUUUCUGGCCUUCCUGUCCUUCCUGGAUGCCUGCUAUUCCUCUGCAUUUGCACCAAAGAUGAUUGUGGACUCCCUCUAUGAGAAGAAAACCAUCUCCUUCAAGGGCUGUAUGACCCAGGUCUUUGCUGAGCACUUCUUUGCUGGAGUGGAGGUGAUUAUCCUCACCGCCAUGGCCUAUGACUGCUAUGUGGCCAUUUGCAAGCCAUUGCACUACCCCUCUAUCAUUAACUGGAGGCUCUGUGGUAUCCUGAUGGGGGUAGCCUGGACAGGGGGCUUCUUGCAUUCUUUGACACAAAUUGUCUUUACUUUCCAGCUGCCCUUCUGUGGCCCCAAUGUUAUUGAUCACUUCCUAUGUGAUUUGAACCCAUUAUUGAAGCUUGCCUGCACUGACACUCACAUCCUUGGCCUUUUGGUGGUUGCUAAUAGUGGGUUUAUCUGCAUCAUAAUCUUCUCCUUGUUGCUCAUCUCCUAUUGUGUCAUCUUGCUCUCACUAAGAACUCAUGACUCUGAAGGAUGGCGGAAAGCUCUCUUCACCUGUGGAUCUCACAUUGCUGUGGUGGUUUUGUUUUUUGUCCCAUGCAUAAUUAUCUAUGCCCGACCUCCAUCUGCUUUCUCCUUCGACAAGAUGGUGGCCAUAGUUUAUACCAUUGUAACUCCCUUGCUCAAUCCUUUGAUUUACACUUUCAGGAAUGAGGAAGUGAAAUGUGCCAUGAUGAAAUUAUUGACCAGAUUGCUGGGUUUCAGAUGAAAAAUAAAAUAUUAAGCUUCAAAGUUACAUUUCAAGAGGAAAGAAUUCAAAGUGGGC